AUGCUCGAACGACCUGCAGGCGUCCUUCGAGGGGACAAGAUCUGGCUCUUCGAUGGUCAGUACGUUUCGGCAAACCCGAUGGAUCGGUUGCACCAGGUGCGUUGCAUGUCCGACGUCGCAAAAGGAUGUUUGUUUGGACCCAAAUAACCCUCUUCGUCUCGAGCGCAGUCCGAAAUCUUUCGCAUCUUGCUGGUUUCCUUUGUCAGCAUGGCUUUUUGGGAGCACGUCAUUACUCUUGGAGAGGAGUUUGAGAGGUGGAAGCAGAUCAAAAGAGGUCAAUUUGUGAGAGACCGAAGGGAGCAGCGCAAAAGUCUGCGUUGGGGCAUGCUGACCCCCACACUUUCGCAGCGUUUUAUAAACUGGGCUUUCAUGUGCGUGGUGGCAAGCGAGCGUGCCAAGGCGUGCGCUGACAGCCUCACGUCGACCUCUGCGCAGGGCUUCCCGCUACACCGUCAUCGUCGUCUGCGCCGUAGCGAUAGCGUUCGUCUUUGCGCCCGUAGACAGCGACAUGGGCUGCCAGGCCUUGUUGACGACCAUCAUGACCUGCUGCACCCUCAAUUACGUGAGCGUUUGCGCGAGAUUUGCCCCGAGCUGAGGCUGAUUCCCGUCUGGUGCGGAGCAGGCAGCCAUGUGCGUGAUUCUAGGCAUCCGCAUCAUCGCGCUGCACCAGGGCCAGCUAAGAGUAGCAGUGCCCUACGGCAUCAUAGCGCUCACCACGGUCGCCAUAUAUGCGUCGAGCGUUCCCUACUUUGGCGCGCUGCUAGUGCCACGAAGCGACCUAGAGCUAGACCCGUACGGUCUUAGAUGCGCAAAUCUGACAGUCAACGUCGUCGCUCGCGCAAGGGGCUUUCUUGCCGCUGCUGCUCUAGACGUCGUGGCUGCCGUUCUUGCUUACUGGGGAGUGGCAAAGUCCAUCUUGCCAGCGCCAAAAGACUCUGGCCUGCCCGACUAUCGCGGCCACUUUAUGUGA